GAGGCUCCACUCCCCAGCACAGCCUUCCCACAGGGAACACGCGCUCACCAGCGGGAAGAACCUGGAAAGAAACCCUGGGAUCUCUCGUCGAGAUCGUCCAAAGGGAAGAAAAGUAACUCGGCAGCCGCACCCCUUAGCACAGAUCUGCAGAAAUGCCUCCCCAGCUGCCCAAUGGCCUUAACUUCUCGGCCAUAGUUGUCCAGGGCAGCCUAGACGACCUGGCCCAGGCAGUGCGGGAGUUCGUGGAGAGCAGCGCCAAGUUGUGCCAGCCGGACCUCAUCCACAUCUGCGAUGGCUCCGAGGGCGAGAACCAGCGGCUGCUGGAGGACAUGGAGGCACAGGGCAUGACCAAGAGGCUGAGGAAGUAUGACAACUGCUGGUUGGCUCUCACUGACCCCAGGGAUGUGGCCAGGAUUGAAAGCAAGACAGUCAUCGUUACCCAUGAACAGAGGGACACAGUGCCCAUCCCUAAAGUGGGCCUCAGCCAGCUGGGUCAUUGGAUGUCUGAGGAGGACUUCGAGAAAGCAUUCAAUGCCAGAUUUCCAGGGUGCAUGAAAGGUCGCACCAUGUACGUCAUCCCCUUCAGCAUGGGGCCGCUGGGCUCGCCGCUGUCAAAAAUCGGUGUCGAGCUGACUGACUCGCCCUACGUGGUAGCCAGCAUGCGCAUCAUGACUCGGAUGGGCACGCCGGUCCUGGAAGCGCUGGGUGACAAGGAAUUCAUCAAGUGCCUCCACUCCGUCGGGUGCCCUUUGCCUUUGCAAAAGCCCUUGGUCAACAGCUGGCCCUGCAACCCGGACUUGACGCUCAUCGCCCACCUCCCUGACCGCAGAGAGGUCAUCUCCUUUGGGAGUGGGUACGGCGGGAACUCCCUCCUCGGGAAGAAGUGCUUCGCUCUUAGAAUUGCCAGCCGGCUGGCCAAGGAAGAAGGGUGGCUAGCGGAGCACAUGCUGAUCCUGGGUAUUACCAACCCUGAGGGUGAGAAGAAGUACCUGGCGGCGGCAUUUCCAAGUGCCUGCGGGAAGACCAACCUGGCUAUGAUGACCCCCACGCUCCCAGGGUGGAAGAUAGAGUGCGUUGGCGACGAUAUCGCCUGGAUGAGAUUUGACGAGCAAGGUAACUUAAGGGCCAUCAACCCAGAAAACGGAUUCUUUGGCGUUGCCCCUGGGACCUCUGUGAAGACAAACCCCAACGCCAUCAAGACCAUCCGGAAGAACACGAUCUUCACCAACGUGGCCGAGACCAGUGACGGGGGUGUUUACUGGGAGGGCAUUGAGGAGCCUCUGGCUGCAGGCGUCACACUCACCUCAUGGAAGAACAGGGAGUGGCGUCCUGGGGAUGGGGAACCUUGCGCCCACCCCAACUCGCGAUUCUGCACCCCUGCCAGCCAGUGCCCCAUCAUCGACCCUGCAUGGGAGUCUCCGGAAGGUGUCCCCAUCGAGGGCAUCAUCUUUGGAGGCCGCAGACCUGCUGGUGUCCCUCUAGUCUAUGAAGCUCUCAACUGGCAGCAUGGAGUAUUUGUGGGGGCAGCCAUGAGGUCAGAGGCCACAGCAGCUGCUGAGCACAAAGGCAAAGUCAUCAUGCACGACCCCUUUGCCAUGAGGCCCUUCUUUGGCUACAACUUUGGUAAAUACCUGGCCCACUGGCUCAGCAUGGUCCAGCGCCCAGCAGCCAAGCUGCCCAAGAUCUUCCAUGUCAACUGGUUCCGGAAGGACAAGGAAGGCAAAUUCCUCUGGCCAGGCUUUGGAGAGAACUCCCGGGUGCUGGAGUGGAUGUUCAACCGAAUCAACGGGGAGGACUGUGCCCGGCUCACGCCCAUCGGCUACAUCCCUGCGGAGGGGGCCUUGAAUCUGGAAGGCCUGGGCAGCAUUGACACGGAGGAACUCUUCAGCAUCUCCAAGGAGUUCUGGGAGCAGGAGGUGGAGGAGAUCCACAAGUACCUGGAGGAGCAAGUCAACACUGACCUCCCCCAUGAGAUUGAGAGAGAGGUCCUCGCCCUGAAGCGAAGACUAAGCCAGAUGUAAUCAGAACCUGAGACCCUCACCUUUAAAAUCAUCCCCCUUCCAUUUAGUAAGCUGCUCUGGGACCAAGAGAAGGUGGGGUUUCCUCAACUGCCGCCAUCCACAGCGUGAAAAUGACCACGCCGAUGUUCACACCCAAAAGGCACACUUUAAUCAUUCAAACAAGAACCACGGACUGGGAGGGGAAAUCUUAGCCUGUCCCCAGCUCUCCCUAGCCAAUGCAUAGUUUGGUCAACGUUAAGGACACUCAGACUUUUUUGUCUUUCUGUUUUUUCUUUCCACUUUAGCUGUAUCAGUUAGCUGGAAUGCACAGAAAAAAUACUUGAGCUCUAUAUGUCUGUGUGUGUGGCAUAUUUGUGUGUGUGUCCAUAUGUGCUAUUAUCUAAAAUAUAUUGAAUACCUUUGGAAAAAUCUCGGGAAAGAUUACCUACUAGUUGUUCCUAGAAAGAAACUGUACUUUAUUACUAAUGCAUGUUGUUAAGUUAUUUUUAUAUACCACAGUUCCUUACCUUUGUAUAAUUUCAAAUUGUUCCCUUACUGCUUCUUGUAAAAUUACAAAAUAAAAUUUUAUAGAAAAAAUGGA